GUCAGUGGGGAAGUUAAGAAACAGGGCAGCUGAAAAUAGUUCGUGAGAUGAAACUUGGGGAAGCAUGCGAAACCUCCGAGGAUUUUCGGUGAAGCAGAGGGUAACGGCGGUUUUCCGAUGCGAUCGAUGGCGCCGCCGCCGAUCGCCGGGUUUGUACCAGCGGCUGGAUCCGCCGGCAACAUGCCGGGUCAAGCUGAUCCCCUCGAUUUUAAGCCUGACCCGGAACUUGAAGUCCAAAGCAAAAGCAAUCUGCACCAAGGCCCAGUACUUUUCCGGCCCGUCUUGCCAGAGACCGGCGGCGGUGCCGAAAGGGCACCUGGCGGUGUACGUUGGGCGGCGGGAGGACGACUUCGAGCGGGUUUUGGUUCCGGUGAUGUGCUUCAACCACCCUCUGUUCGGAGAGCUGCUCCGGGACGUGGAAGAGGAAUUCGGGUUCAGUCAUCCGGGCGGGAUCACUAUACCUUGUCGGAUCUCGGAGUUCGAGCGGGUUCGGACCCGGAUCAUGGAGGGAGAGGAUAAAGACCAAAACACAAAAGGAAUUCUAUUCCUACAAGGAAACAAAUCACUAAAUAUGAACAAGGAAACAAAUCAAGAGCAAUCCCACUUAGAAUGGGAUUUGCUCUCCUUCUUGCCACGAUCUAGUGCUCAACUAUGUCCUUCCGUCACCGUGCAUCGUAGAUCAGAGAAGAAGCGUCUCCUGCGAUCGUCGGCAGCCGUAUCGAUUUCUUCUUACCAACUCUCAAAGCCGGCGUUCUGGGCUCAAGGAGAGAACAUAUCGAAAAAUUAUUACUCCGUAAACUAUGAGUGAUUACACGGUGGGAUGAGUUUAAAGGAAGCAAAAAGAGCGGGUCUUUUGCAAUUUGUGAAAGUUACAAUGAUGUGGAAAAAUUUAUUAUGACUCUUGUUUAUCAAUCCACAUGGCAUCCAUUGAGAGGAGGGGCAUGGAUACCCGUUUCAUAGGGCACCGGAGAAAAUCCCUUUUUUCUUUUCUUUUUUUUAAAUACAAACUUGGUCUGGACUUGGUACUGUGUUGAAUUGGACCAUUCUUAGUCAACUUUCAUUGCUUGACCCUAAAUAGGAUGCGUACUGUUCCCACCCUGUACUUAAAAUUUUUCUUGUUUUGAUUUUUUCUCAUCAACUUAUUUUGAUUUUUUCCGAUCAAAGAGUGACACUCAUUUGCUACAAAUUGCAAGAAAAAUAUAUUAUACUAUAAUAUAAAUUUAAUAUAAUUAGGUUUACCUU